AUGCAGACACGUAUUGUAUCGCAGAUUUCCAAAAUGGCGGCAGCAAGUGAGGAAGAUGUCGAAGGCGAUGCUCCAAAUGGCGCUUCUCUCCUAGCCUCUGCCUUGAAAACUCAAGGUGUGCAAUAUAUGUUUGGAGUUGUGGGUAUUCCGGUUGUCGAGGUGGCGGGAGCUGCACAGGCAGAGGGAAUCAAAUACAUCGGCAUGAGAAACGAGCAAGCGGUGAGCAUUUCGCUGUCAUCACACGCGCGACAGUUUAGUCGUUGAUUGAUUUUUGCAAAAAUUCUCCAGGUCAGUUUAUCUAUGAAAGAAAUUUGGGUAAGAUUUCCGUACAACUUCAUACAUUUAUCAUGCAUGUAGCAAUUUGAUACUGUUUCUCACAAAUAGUUAAUACGAACACUCUAAAUUCGAGAUUGCUCCGAAACUCUCAAUUUAAGAAAAAGUUUUCUUAUUUUACGAGAAAAAUUUAAAGCAAAUCAUAGGAUAAGAACUCUUUUUUCUGAGAACAAAAUCUUAUUCUAUGAUUUGAUUUAAAUUUCGUUUCUUAAAAUAAGAAAUCUCGAAUUUAGAGUAGAAUAGAGCCUGGAGAUGUUUAACUGUACCUUGCGAGUAGAGGUUUCUCUCUUGCAAUGUUUUUAGGCCUGUUUUCGAUAUGAUCGUCCUGAUCACCUCAGUCAUUUCAAAAAAUUUCGAGAUGAUCCUGACGAUCCUGACACGGAGAGCGAACCUUGUGCCUUGCCAUCUGCUUUUUCUUUUAUUUUGCGGCGUUGAGAAGCUAGAAGAAAUCCACGAUGACAUAGUAUCAUGUUAAGAACUUGAUGUCAUGCAUUAGCUUUGUCUUGCUUCAAUCAAAUAGCGCCCAUUAUAUGUGUUGCGAACAUUUUUGUAUUAUUAUUUUUUUUCGAUGUCAGCAGUGUCCAAACCAAAUUCAUUCUCAAUUACUGGAAUAAAAGUGAUGAUUUCUGGGAUAGACUUUGACCGUCCCAAUUGUCUCAUUUGUCUGAAAGUGUUUCCAUAUGACCGCUUCAAAAUUUUCACAGUUGUCCCGAUUGUCCGGGAUAGAAGUCAAGUCUAUCCAAAGGAUCAAGGUCAUCCCAGUCAUCUGGGUCAUUUGUCAUCACCCAGGUAGCAUUUCCAUAUAAUCGUCCGGAUCGUCUGAACAUUAUUUGAGAUGACUGGGAUGAUCGGGAUGAUCCAGAUGAUCAUAUGAAAACCAGGCUUUAGCAUUUACGAAGUUGUUCAAGUGGCUUUGCCUGUCGUGUUGUUGGUUUGUUCACACCCCGUGAGAAACUUCCUGGUGUACUUUCAUAUAUUCUCAUGUAAUGGCCAGCCUGAUACAUUCUCUGUGUUAUAGGCUUGUUAUGCAGCAUCAGCUAUUGGCUAUCUGACUGGAAGGUUAGUAGGGGAAAUUGUUUCAGUUGAUAGGAAAGAAAGAAUUUACCGUAUUUGCUUGAAUAAUUGAUUAAUGGUCAAAAUAAAUAAACAUUUUUUUUUGUAUGGUGUUCAAAGCGUUCUAAAAUUUGUAAAUGAGGUGUUCCAAAUUAGCAGUUUAGAACAAGAUGUCAAUUACCCUAAGUAUUAUAAAAAAGUUUUUAGAAUCUACAGUGUACCUAUAUAAAACUAUGGAAAAACAAAUCAUUGCCAGAUUUUGAACUGUAAGUCAGUUAGUCUGAAAUAGGGAAGUUGCUCUUUGGUUUCUGGCAAGUUUGAAAGUCGACCACAACAUGGAACCAAGCUUGUUGCUGUAUACCAAUUACAAAUUAGUUACUUGUUUGUGGCUCUAAGUUUUUACAAGUCCAGAAGCAUUUUGUACUAGUCCUCCUGGACCUAGUGGACUACCCCUGAGGUUGAGCACUGUGUAUGGCAAGAGCUUUUGAGCUUUACUGGCAUAGAUUUGCUAACCAGUUCAAAAUAAAGAAUUAUUUCACCUCUAGAUUGAUACCCAGGCCCUCAACAACAUCAAGAAAAGUCCUCUAAGUUAUUCACGCUGUUUUGGUAAUGCAGGAAGAGAGGAAGUACAUAAAAAAGGAAAAAAACAAAUAAAGUUUACAUGUAUAAUAUUGUAAAACCCUUCAACAUUAGAUGGGAGUGUACUUGGGUAAACUGAGGGAGCUGCAAACAAGCACAGAACAUAACCAUUACAACCCUGUGAGCAGCAACCACCACAAACCGUCACACUGAGAACCUCUGUGAAAAAAUAAUUGUCAAUACUUACCAAUGGACAUAAAGAGAAAAGAAGGGAGUGGGAGCAAAAAUAACUAUAGCUACUGCAAAGUGAAGGCAGCAGCGAGCAAAAUGAUUGACCUCAGCGAAAGCACUGUAAAAUUACUAGAGCACUGCAAAUUCCAAAGACUACCUUAUAAACGAUUAGUGAUAGAGACCUCUGGCCUGCAUGGUCUUGUGACUAUAACUUCAACUACAUUUAGCUAUAGACUAUCUAAAUGUCGUCUAUUUUUUUUCCUGCUUGGUUAUGCCAUUUUAAAGGACUGACUUUUUCAUACCUGUUUGGUGCUAAAUUCACUGGUUGAAAAUUCUAUCGGUGACGGCAUGACAAUUGACCAAUAGGACAGUGAGUGAUAUUUUCAUGCAGCUCGAUCCUGACGCAGUAUAAUUACUAGGGUUAAAGUUUUAAGGUUUAAGGGCUUGUUUAUAGAGGAAAGUGCACUUAGCUUAUCCAGAGCUCUAGUUUUACAGGCACUCCACUCAAAUACUUAGAUACAAAUAAUUCAGUAAAAACCCUAACUGGCAGGAGGCAACCAGUUGGCUAUUUACAAGCGUGGCCGAGGAUUUGAAAUCAAGGUGGCCAAGUGGCCAGAGCUGGACUUGAACCCAGAACCUCUGGAUUACAAGUCCGACAUGCAGACCACUUGGACACGCUGCCAAUAUGCAUAUGUCAAUCAUUUUUUUCCUGUGUGAAUUUAUAAUAUGAUUCAAAUCCAUUAAUGCCAAACAAGUUGACCUUGAGAAUUCGUCGCUCGCUUAGUCACUGCGUGACCUCACGCAAUGAAGCUCGCUUUGCUCACUUUUAAGAAUGUAUGAGAGUUCAACUAGUGGCAAGUCUAAUUUAGCCACAUCUUAGAAGUAUAUGGGCUAUCUCAAUUGACUACCCAGUUUAUUUAUUGUAAAUGUGGAUUUCUUGUAGGCCUGGUGUUUGCUUGGUGGUUUCUGGACCAGGUUUAUUACAUGCUCUUGGAGGAAUGGCAAAUGCAAUGAGUAACUGCUGGUAAGCCUGUCUGUUAUAUAACUAAAGUAGAUGUAAGAAUAAUAUAUUUUGAUAUUGUACCAUUUAGAAUGUAAAAUUGUAAGUUUUACCUCAGGCUUAUAUCAUCAGUACGAGUAUUAUUUUGUUAGCAACACUUACCUGCAGUGAACCCUCAAGACCUAAAUAUAUAUUCCUUUUGAUGUUCAUGCAUGUGCAGGGUUGUCAUUAAGAGCCGGGGGCCGGGGAUUUUCUCCGGCUACUACGAGAGUGGCCCCCGGCUACUUUUAUUGGAAAAUAGAAGAAAAAUAGAACCAAAAGAAAUCCCUAGCCGUUUGAUUCCCCGCCUACUUGUUUUAUUUACCCGGCAACUUGAAAUCUUAGUGACAACCCUGCAUGUGUACACUUUUAGAAGCUUUAGCUGGUGGGAAGGCUUGUGUAUUUCAAUUUAUUAUUUAUUCAAAAUAUUAUUUCACCAUUUCUGAUUGGCCUUAGUCUCCUGGAUAAUUCUUUAUAACUAGCUAGCACUGAUGAAAUUGGAAGAUGUGAGUGAUAUGGGCGCUUUCCAUUUAGUCAAAAUUUCCGGAAUUUCCGGUUCGGCAGUAAAUGGAACACGUUUCGUCAGUUCAUCCCACUGGAAAAUUCCCAGAAAAAGUGGAAAAUCUAAAAAGGUGGGCUUGUUUUCCCGGUUGGAAUUUCCGAACGGAGUGUCGUGUUCCAUUUAUGUUUCUCGUAGUUUGUACCAGUUCCAGGUCCACUGUCGGGCACCGCGACGUACCGGGGUUUACGACCAAAUGGAACAACUUUUUACCAAUCGGAAAUUCCACUUUUGCUCCCACCAAAAUUUCCGGGUUUUUUUCCUAAAUGGAAAGCGCCCAUACCUACCACUGAUACCAUGAUGUAUUGCCUCAACACACAAUCACAACUUUGUUUCGUGGAAGUAGCAUGGCACCCUUGAGUUCACGGUGAUCCAAACACAAGGCCGAAUUUCUGACUAUAAAACUGAAUGGAGGAAAUGCAAAAAUAACCCAAAAAUGUUUCUUGGUAAAUGUCAUCUACUUUUUGAGGAGUAUUGUUUCUGAUGAUGUUCUGAAGAAAAAUAUGAGAAGGAUGUAUUAAGUUUGUUUAACUUAGAAAUAUUUUGAAUUAAUAAUAAAACAAAUUAUUUAAUUUAUUAGGCUUAUGUACAAUGUAUGAUAUCAAGAAUUUUGCAGAUUUCAGAGGCUGUUAAGGCCUCGGUGGACCACACCCUCCUCAAUCUGUAUAAUUCUUCACAUAGAGAGGCUUCGCACUCACCUUUAAAGUCCUUGAAUUUUCCAAAAAAAAUUCAAGGCCUCGAAAUUCUUUGAAAAUUGCAAUCGGUUCUGAAAAGUCCCUGAAUUUUGGUGCUAACUUUAUUUAUCCAACCCAAAGGAAAAGGAACAAACACAGAAAGACCUUCAGGAUAAAAUUGGCUAUGUUGUGGUAGAACUCAAGGUCUUUUUUGCACUGAAUGGAGUCCUUGAAAAAUGGAAGAUGUGUCCUUGAAAGUCCUUGAAAAGUCCUUGGGUACGAACCAUGCAUAGACAUUUGCACAUUUCAAAUUAAUAUCAUUAAAUUUUUAUUAUUAUUAAAUGUGAAUAGCAAUAGUUAAGUCUUAGUACAUUAUUGCACUUCUUUGUCUGUGUGUCUGUUUCUUUAGGCCAGUUCUAGUAAUUGGUGGUUCAUGUGAUGUGGAUCAAGAAAGUAUGGGUGCUUUUCAAGAAUUUCCACAAGUAAGUAGUGGCUCGUUUAAUAAGUAGAAGAACUGUUUUUCGUUGUUGUGUUUCCUUGGUAAGGUCUUUCUGGAAAUAGUAAAAUCCCGUAUAUUCCAGGUUACUUUUGACCAUCUUUAUUUUUUGCACAAUACAAUGUGUGAAAAUUACAGUUAAUUAUUUUUUCAUCAUCUUGUUGUCCCUUUUUGCCUUGUUUUGCAGGUUGAAGCAGCAAGACUUUACACUAAGUACUCUGCACGACCAGGAAGCGUAGGGCAAAUACCCUUCUUUCUUGAAAAGGUACUGCAUAUUUUUGAUACGUACCUGUAUUUACAUUUAAUAUUAUUUUCAUAAGCUGAUACAAUCUACAGUUUGAAAAUCCUCCCACAUGUUAGUUAUAGUUUUGGUGCAAGGAAAGUCUGUGAUGGUCACUAAGAUCAAUUAAUAUUUUGAUACAGAGGCCUUCUUAGGUGGGGGUUUUGCGUAUUGAAUGAAGAAGAGGUCAUGUCACUGUCACUCUUUCACUAUUGUAUUUGUGAUUUUACUCGUCGUUCUCACAGUUUCAACCCAUCUUCAUGUCAUUUGUGGCCAUUUCAUCAAGAAUCUUAAUUAUGUCACCAUUUAAAGGCCAUGUUGCUUGUCAGGACUUUACUCUAACAGGGCAUCAAUACACACAUGUACAUAUAAUGUCUCUCUAGGUUAAGAACAUUGUUAUAUUUAAUCAAUAUCAAUAUUUUGGUCUAGGUGUUAUUAAUCAGUGAAUUAGUCCAAUGAAUUUGUCUGUAUGUGGAAAGAAACUAAAUUGUAUAAUUGAAGUGUUAUUGUUACAAUUUUAAAAUGAUUUAAGUAUAUUUACCAUGUUUAGUUUUAAAAGAUCCUUACUAGAAACUCCUUUUAUAUGCCAAAAAUAAUGGUUAUUAAUAAAUUCUUAAAGUUAAAGAAGGGAUUUAAUCCUUGUAAAAAUAUGAACAAGCUUAAGUGUAUAAAUAGUUACCAUGAUCAUGUUGAUUUUUUAGUCAUAUCUUUAAAAUAAAAUAAUCUUUAAAAUAAAAUAAUCUUUUUUUUACGUAUAGGCGGUACGAACAAGUAUGUAUGGGAGACCUGGUGCUUGUUAUCUGGACCUGCCAGGAAAUAUGAUUACUGAAACCAUUGCAGCUUGUAAGGCAAGGUGACUGUUCAUAAAAGCUAGCCUGCGUAGCAAGCGUUUCUGUACGGUUUAGGAGAAAAGAACGAGGAACGAGAGUCAAAGACAGCGAAAAAAGUGGCUCAAGUAAAAGAGCGGGGAGAGGGCGGGGAAGAAAGGAAGGAAACGCUUGCAGACAAACCCCGGGAUUUUGAAAACCACCCACUUGGUCUGGCACGCCUGAGUUUGCGAACCGACAUUUGAUGCUGUCAUCAAUUGUCAUAAUUGACCAAUAAAAUGUCUGGCCUUCCGUGAAGCGGAAACAAACUUUAGAGGACUCGUUUGUGAAAUCAUUAUAAUUUUUUUUUUUGUAUUUUGGAGCGCAUGGACGGCGUUGAUGGUUAAAUGUCAAUGAAUCCGAACGAUCAAUGCAGGCUUUGUACAUUUGUCUUCUUAAUCCGUCUAAAAGGAAGGACCGCGAGGGUGAAUGAAGAUUUAAAGUUUUAGCUCUAAACCUCCAGAAAGUUGGAUUUGAAGUGGUAAAAUGUGACAAGCAUUCAAGUCUAGAUCAGCUAGACAGAACGCCUUACCAUUCUCGCCACGGCACAGACAACUAGAGUGCUCUUGUAAAAGCAUCCUAGAGCAAAGCUAACCCGGCAACUGAUGAAGUUCGCGUAGAGAACAAAGCAGAACUGAGUCACAAUGCAGGUCUUCCUAGUUGAUGUAGCUUCAGUUUAAGGUGCAAUCCAUUCUUCAAAAUUUUUAUCUGUAAAUCACUAUCCGAGAGAAUUUAACAUCCCGCAAAAAAAAAACAAACAAACAAACACUAACAAGCUGCGCCCGGCAUAACAAAACAUUGCAGGAAACCAUCGCAUUCCCUGACUACAGGUUACCUGACAAAAGAAAAUCGCUUUUAGUUAAAUUCAGAUCCAGGAGACAAAUAAAACGACCUGAAACCCUUAUUAAUUCGCAAGAAGAGCUUUGUGUUUCAAAAGAAGUUAAAUAAAAUGCUCUUGCAUUGGAGGGAAAAUCUUGCCGACCAGAAUAAACAAUACCACAGAAAAUUAAUAUGCGUGUCACGUACCAAACGUGACCUCUCAGUAUGAAACAAACCUUUGAUCGACACAUGGCAGCAUUGUUCGACUAGCCAAGCCAAUCAGGCGCUGCGUUCGCUGGCGAACGCAGGUUUUCAAAAUCGAGGGGUUUGUCUGCAAGCGUUUCCUUCCUUCCCCUCCCCCUCCCCCCUCUUUCACUUUUUGGCUCUCGUUUCAUUUCUCGCGCAGUCAAAACCGAAAGUCCCCUUCCUCGGUAUUUCUUUGCUCUGAAACCAAACGGAAACGCUUGCUACGCAGGCUAUUCAUAAAAGCUGAAUACAUAAUAAGUUCAUAAUAUUUAAAAAUAUUCCAACAAGUGUACUAGUGUUGUCUCUGCCAAUGUUUGCUACUACAUUAUUUUGCUCCAACUGUUUGGUAUUAUCAAAAGUCAUUUUCCCUUGUACUGUAUGAAAGAGGAUAAUGGGGUUUCAAUUGAUUCAAUGUCAUUUCUUUACAUGAGGUCAAUUUUUUCCACAGAUCAAUUUCUCGAUGUCCAGCCCCACCCAAGUCUUUGGCUGAUCCAUCUGAAGUGGAAAAAGCAGUUAAGAUUCUUACUGAAGCUAAAAAGCCUCUUGUAAUAAUUGGCAAAGGUAAUGAAACACUCCAAACUAAGACAGUAUAACUUAUUUUUAGCUUCAUGGUUGUUGUACUGAUACAGUAACUUGACUAUGAAAGAUACCCAGAAAUGACCAAGAAAUUGGUUUGAAAGUUUAUGUGGAAACUUCAAUUUUGAGUGGAAUGUUAAAGUGCAAUCAUUAUCAUCUCGUUAAUCAUUGUAAAACUUGUUUUAGUAAUAGCACUCUGUUGGAUGUCGAUUUUGUUUCCUAAAUAUUAUUAUGAAUAUUUAGCAAUUAAUGAAUGAGGCCGAGUAGGAUAUCAAGAAUUAAGCAGAUUGAGGAGGGUGUGGUCGAGGUGGAUAACACCCUCCGAGAUCUGCUUAAUUCUUCAUAUCCUACAAAAGCCGAAUUCCUUAAUUGCUUUAUUAUUCAUUCUUAAAAACAUAGCUAAAACAUGCUUACCUGCAUCGAUGUUAAGUUCAGCUUCGACAGUGUAUGUUUAGGUUUGUCCAGCUCCUCAAAUAUUCUCCAAAUAGCAGAUGUCGCCCUACGAGUUGUCUUCUUGCUGUUUUUGCUAUGUUUUUAGCUAUUAUUUCACCUAGUUCCAGCUGUAGUUUUUACUCUUGAAUCAAGUGAAGUGUCCGCCAUUUUUGCUUUCACAACCAAAACAACUCAACCUUGUCCCCAGGUCUUCUCGGUUAACGGUGCAUCAACCUGUAGCGGGCUGCAUUUUUGACAUCAUUUCCUCAUUAAACACAAAAUUCUUCCAAAUUUGGUCAUCAGUAACUGGUUAUGGUGAAUUGUGUGUGUGUGGUCAUUCGGACACUCAAAGUUAUAUACUACUCUCAUCUUAUAGUAAGUUAUUAUUUAAAAUCACAUUUUGCCUGUUCACACCCAGUUAUCAAUGGCAGUGAAUGUUUUACCUCCAUUUUUUCAAAACCCCUUUUUGUUGCUGUUCUUGUGCUAAAAUUAGGUGCAGCAUAUGGGCAUGCAGAGAAACCCCUUCUGGAAUUUGUUGAGAGGUGCAAGCUACCUUUUCUACCAACACCCAUGGGAAAAGGUGUCAUUUCUGAUGAACAUCCAUUGAGUGUUGCAGCCGCCAGAUCAAGGUCAGUGAAGCUUUGUAGUGUCAGAUGUAUGCAUGCUUCACCCAUGUAAGCCUUAGUUGUGAGUCAUAUGGUGGACAAUAAAUCAACAAAACGUUUUUAUAGUUAAUGAAACAGUUAAUCAAGCAAUCAAUAUUUUAAUCAAGAGUAAAAUACUUUGUUAAUUCAAAAUAGCAAUAUAAAAAAAAGCCAGUAGAAUGGCAACAUAAUAAUGGGGUAAGCCUGGGAUGGACAAACACUCUCUCCAUUGGGUUAUAAUUAGCAAGGAAUAACCCUACUUUGGGUACCUUGUACUACUCAGACACCACUACGCAGGUGGUGGGUUUUCUGCAGUUGCUGUCAGUGUCUUGUGGCCUAUGUAUGCCUAGCCUGGGUGGUAGGUGUUAAAAGGGGAAGGGAAUGAGAGAAUUUGAGCAUGUGAGAGUGCAAAGUGCACGCAACGAGUGGAGACAUUUUCCCCCUCUAUGUGCACUCUUUGCUACUUCCUUCCCCCUUUCACUUUCCACAUAGGCUAAUUAAAAGGUAUUCCUUGAUGAUGAUGGUGAUGGUUAUGAUGAUGAUGAAAGAAAUAUUCGUCUUUAUUAGGGCAUUGUCACAAACUGAUCUAAUUUUCCUGUUUGGAGCAAGAUUAAACUGGAUUCUUCAUUUUGGAAAACCUCCAAGGUUCAAAGCUGAUGUUAAGAUUGUUCAGGUACUUUUACAGACACAGUUGAACCUCCUGCUAUCCCAAGUAUCAAUUUCAAAUUCUUCUCUUUCAUUCCCAGACAUUUUUUGCAUGUUUUUUUUUUUUGCGAAGUGCAUUUUUAGUCAAAAAGGACAAAUGAAACAAAGCAAGGAGAGGGCAUAAGAGAGAGAAGUGGAACUCCUCAUACGAAAGGAUCAGGGAGCUUAAGCAAUGACGAUGGCGACGGUGACGAGAACGGCAAAAAUAUAAUAGGUUUGAUGAGCAAAACAACUUUGCACGUGCGGAAUGCUUUAUUGUACAUUUCUUUGCUGUCACUGCACGACUACAAUGUGGAAAUGCCUAAUUUCACAUUUUAUGGAGAACGUAAACAAGCGACGAUGAAUUUUUCUUUCUCUUUCUUAACUAAUGAGUCCAGUCCCCAAGAAAUCAACUCCAGGGAAAUUUGCCUACAUUUCACAUUUUCAGUGAAUUGGAAUAAAUGCGAUAAAGUUUGAAAAAACAUGAAUUCAUUUUAAAAGUGACGUUUUUGCUGCCGUCGCCGUUUUGGAUGCUAAAGCUCCCUUCUAAAUGAGCAGCUGGUCACUCAACCAGCUCCUAAUCCUGCCUGGCAUGGCUUAACUUAAGUUUCACACUGAAGGGUUUGCACAACAUAUUUGUUGUUAAAACUUAUAAUAAGUCAAGAUGGUCUGGGUAACUUUAAAUGAUACGUAACAUGGGCAUGAUGUCAUGUUUCCAAAGGGUCACCAUGGCGGAUUUGUAAUAUUUGGUUUCCAUCAUGCUAGGAAGAGUACUAAGAAUUGUAAAAUUUGAACAUUAUUCAUUAAAAUAAAAAAUGUUCUAAAUUUUAAUAUUUCUCUUCAGUUUGUUUGAAAUUAUCAUGCUGAUAUUUGGUGGGAAUUUGUCAAAGUACCUCCUUCCCCUCGGCUCCCCAUCUUCUGUGAGAGUUUCAUAUUGUACAGGUUUUUCUUGAGCCAACUUUAAACAAAUUUGACUAGACUUGACUAUCACUAAGAAUUCUAAGUAAAACAAUUUAUAGGUAUUUUUUCUUUUGCAGAUUGAUCUCCAUGCAGAGGAGAUGGGGAAUAAUAUUCCUGCUGAGGUCACCCUGUUGGGAGAUGUUAAAAGUGUCACAGAACAGGUGCAAUAAUUUAAUUGCAUUAAAAAUAAUUACAAGCUUUAUUUUACUGGUUUUACUCUUCUCUUGAACAGGAUACCAUGAGCUAAUUUUCUAUGGGUUUUUGGUAAAUCGUUUUGCUCAACUACUAAUUUCUCUGUUUAUUAAAACCUUCUUUGACAACCUAUAUGUACUGUGAUGUCAAUAAAUGCAUAGUGAAAUAGGUAGGUAGGUAGCAACUUUAUUUAAUGAGAGUAACACAUGACAGUUAACACUGAUGAACUAGUGGCCCUCAAACGUAAUUAAAAUAUUUACAACUAAUAAAAAAAGACACGACGAAUUAAAAUAUAAAAAUACUAGAACAAGAUACAAUCCUAAAUUAUGAUAUUAAAAACUAUUAAAACAAACACAGCAAAUUUAAAAAUACAGUUCUUCUGAUAUUUUGCGCAGUCGCGGAGCCGCGAAAUUCACAAAAACACGAAAAAUCCCGCCAAAUUCGGUAGAAAUCUUAUCAAAUACAUGUCUGUACAACAUAUUUGAAACUUAUUUCAGCUAUAGGGGCUAUUUACUUCCCGUAAACUUGCAAAUUUAUCUUGGAACUUCGUCACUGAAACAUGCAAACAAUGUCCCAAAUCUAUCAGGCGUAGAUUAUGUUGCGAAAAACAAAUAGCAAAUAGCAGAUGAAAGUUGUCAAUGGGAGCAGUCACGAUAUAUAGUUUGUUUAUUUCCUGAAGAUAAAAAAAAAUUAUUUGGUGAUGCAUAAUGUGCAGAACAUGUUUUUCUGGUUUCACAUUAUUAUUGCUCAUCUGUGGGGAUAUCUACAGUUGUUAUUUGCACCUGCUUGACAUGCGGAGUCGGAGGUCACGGGAUCGAUUUACGGGACUGGACCAACACUCAGGGUCUUAAAAUGACUGAGAAAUAAAGGGACUGUCUUUGCCCUGCAAAUGGCUAGACCUUAGUGUGGUGCAGAUGACCACAUAAACGGGCUAGCUGUCCUGUCUAGGAGACGUAAGAAUAGUGUUCCCAAUUAGUACUUUCAUACUAAAUACAUUGACACUCAAAUAAAGUGUAUUUUUAUAGAUAAUGGUAUACUCACCAAUAAACAAAAUUAUUAACCAAGCUUGAGGUCAAUAAAGGAUUUAUUGUACGGCCAAAGAGGGACUCUUACUUGUGUAACCAACCUGAGAAAUCCUGAAUGGGCAAGAUGAUGAUCUGUAUUAUUGUUUACUAGUUGAACUCAACAGUGAUCAGAGCCUAUGGGAAGACUCCAAGUAAUCUGUGUGUCACAGCUUCAUGGAGAAAAGAGUUGCUGGAAAAAUCAGAAGCCAAUAAGAAAAGAAAUGAGGUAAAUAGUGUGUUGUUUUUAGCACACUUUGUUCACAGUGGAUAAUGAGUCAAAGUCACUUCUUUAACCUUUUCACUGCCAGAGUGCUUGGUGGAGUUUGGUAAGAUGACGCUAACUUUUGAGUCUGUGGACGAAAUCCUCUGAUGUGACCAUUCAAAUGAAAGCUCUCUGCCUGUACUGUCGCAUUUUGCUAUUUAUUUUGCAAAAUGUUACAAAAUGAAAUUUGCAAACUUGGUCAAAAUUUGCCUUUGGCUACAUUUGGCAGUGAAAGGGUUAAAGUUCUGCUUUUAAAUGGCCUGAAGUGUUUAGUCAGGUUUUAAGAAUGAAAGCAUUACUAAAAACAAUGUAAAAUAAACAUUUGAAACCUGCAAACUGUAUAAGAUAGCAAAUUACAAGAAACUGCAUUUUUGUGGCACAGAAAAUUUCAAGCUUUUGAAUGACGCCAAUGCUAAUAUAGUGGCUUAACCCUUUAAGCCCUAAGAGUGAUCAGCAUCAAAUUUCUCAUUGUAAUAGCAAUGCUUUGUAAAACAGAGUGGUCAUGAGAAUUACAGACAUGAUCACACAAGAUAAAUUUGCUUGAUAUUUUAUCAACUUCUCCCCACUAGUUCUGUAGGAACUGAAUAGGGGCAACAAAUGAGAAUUCAAAUUCUGAUCUUAGGGUUUAAAGAGUUAACUGGAAGUAGUGAAAUAUGGAAAUUUGAAAGAAAUGAUAAUUUUUAUUUGUUUAUAGUAACUAUUUUAUGCUUCCAGGAACUUGCCAAUGAAUCAACAGUUCCAAUGAAUUAUUAUCAAGUUUAUGGACAGGUUAGAGACACAGUCACACUGAAUGAUGCUCCACCAGCUUUCUGAGUAGACUACAAGUAGUCCCCAUUUUUCCUCAGGGACAGUAGAGCAAGUACCUAUCUCACGUGGGGUGAUUUUCAUGCGUGCUCGUGUUCUGCUCGCUCUAAUAUACCUGAAGAAAAAUGGGGACCACUUGUAAAAUACUUCUGAGCCACAACUUAACUGUAUGACGAGAGGUGGAAAAACGUUGCAUAAAUGGCACAAUCAGCUAACAGGGUGCCGGUCUGGAUUGCUACCAGAGAAAUGUCCAGACAAGGCAUUUAUCUGCAGGUGUCUUGUCUUGUCUUAUUUCUUGUUUGUUUUUGUUUGGAAUUUUGUAUAAAGGUUGACAUGGGUUUUUCUGUCAGGGGCACCCAACAACAAUUUUCGGAAAAUAACUGUUCGGAAGACGAUUUGAGAUCUAGAAUUUUCGGAACAUUUGUUGUAAAAUUUUUUGCUUGCCUGCCUCUCCUAGGAUUUUCGAACAUCUAAAAACUACUAUAAUUGCCCAUUUUAAACGGAUUUUUACCCUUAAAAGGUCACCUAGAAUUUUCGGAAGCCUUUUUUUGGGCUGAAAUUUUCGAAAAGGUAAGUUCUGAUCCCUAUAAUUUUCGGAUCACUAGACUUUCAGCUAGGAAAUCCGAACAGAUGAAAAAUUUUUAGGGGAUAAAAAUAUGCCUAUAGCUACCGUUUAAAUAUUAAAAUACAUUUAACAAUGCUAUGUUUAAGUGGUUUUGAACUAUAUUCUCGUUGGGUGCCCCUGUUCUGUCAGUCUACAGGUAUAAUUCAGGUCUGCCAACAGUUGCUCAAUGGGUGGAUAAAUAUCCACUGCCAACAGUUGCUCAAUGGGUGGAUAAAUAUCCACCAGAAAAAUCACUGUACAUUGGAUAGUGCAAUAGGUUUCCCUAACACUUGUCCAGUGGAUUGUGGAUUACACUAUCCCUCUAUUGAACAACUGGUCUUCUACCAUGAUACCCUCCCCCCUCAAGGUAUUUUCCCAAAGGACAGUAUACUCCCUACCAGCAGUAAGCUGAAGGCUUGUGCUUGACAAUCUUUUGUACUUUGCCAGCUUAAAAAGCAUUUACCACAUGACUGUAUAAUAGUUAAUGAAGGUGCCAACACUAUGGACAUUGGACGGACAAUGAUGCCAAAUCAACUUCCCAGGAAAAGGUCUGCUUAGCUGUGUAUUUGUACAGUUUCAUUAUUGUUGACAACUGUUUUAAUUGGAUAGAAGAAAGGAGUACACACAAUAAACUUGUCCAUUGUACCUUUGUCUGUAAUAAUAAUAAUAAUAAUAAUAAUAAUGAUGAUUAUUAUAAAGAAAGUCGAGGGUCUCUUAUAUGAGUCAAUUCGUAGAAAUAUGGACCCUUAGAUUGUUCCAUGAAAAGGAGCACGUGUUCACAUGCAUUCAUUUGAUUUGCAAGGCAAAUCUGUCGAACUCAAACUCAAUUUUGUAUCCACACUCUGAUCUACAUGUAAAUAUCUCUAUUUUUAUGCGUCUUACCCUCACUAUUUUUGCUUGGUAUUCUUUUUGCCCAUUCAUUUCUUUAACUAGCAAAGUUUAGUGGCAAGUUUUUUUAGAAAUUUGUGUUUGGCUGACCUAAGUUCUAAAAUUGUGCCCCUUUCAGAACUGCCAUUGGUUAAGUGGUACCGUCACGCGUAACUUGAAAUGGUGUGUUCUAUGAUAGUUGAGCUUAAGAAAACAGCUGACAUUUUGCGAUGGCAUCGCUAGUUUCCCCACAAAAUGACGUCCGAGGAAACAUCGCAGAAAGUCCAUGCUGAUGACGUGUCACUACCCAGAUCUGGGUAGUGCUUCUUAUUGGUUUAAAAUUUGUUUCAUUCAAUCGGAUGCAUGACUACCGAGAGCUUGGUAGUGACAUGUGAUCAGUAUGGAAUUUCUGUGCUUGUUUCUCAGAUGUCAUUUCCCAAGAAACCUUGUGGUGGCAUCACAAAGUGUCUGCUGUUUUCUCAAUUAAUGAUAACCGCACCGCGUGUAGUGUGUUUUGAAGUAUUUCUUUAUACUCUUUGCAAAUGACAUGGAAAGGGAAUGACAAUAGCCCAUUUUCGCGUCACACUUAGCUUUUUCUUUCAUGUUGGACCUUUUUAGAUUAGAUGCAGGCACAUUUGGUACAAUGGGAGUCGGAAUUGGGUUUGCUAUUGCUGCAGCCCUGCUAGCUGAAAGCCAAACAGAUGCUUCACGUACCCCCAGGAGGGUUGUGUGUGUACAAGGUGACAGUGCAUUUGGAUUUUCAGGAAUGGAACUUGAAACUGCAUGCAGGUGCUUAUCAUAGUUUUGAUUUAAGAAUUUAAUGAAAUUCACGGACAGAUUUAGGGGUGGGGUCCCUAUAGCCCUGCCUUAUUUUUAAGGUAAACCGCGGCCUGCAGGACCAAGAAAAAUUAUUUUCGAGGCUGGGCCAUGAUAUUAUCUUAGGGACUGAAUGAGAGGAUCCCCCACUAACUUAAAAAUCAGAAAUUCAUGUGUCUGAGAUAAACACUUUUCGCGCCAAUUUGUUAUCCUUAGCAUUUAUUUUCGUGCUAGUCAGCAAUAGGGAGGAGUUAUGUUCGGGUAGCUAAAGCUACAUUGACAAAAAACGAUGAUGAUGAUGAUGAUGAUGAUGAGUAUUUAAAGUGUAGCCACUGUACUGAGAAAAAAAUGCCAUCAGUAGAAAUCUUAGCAAGUUUGUACUACUCCUGAAAACGUCUUUCAUGAAAGUUUCUUGUUCCUUCUUUUUUUAAAAAAUGUCCUGGAAUAAUAUUGACUUAGUUUAUUGGUAUAAAUAUGUCACAAGUAGAGAAAUAUGUCACAGGUAGAGAAAGAGAGGCUGUUGAAAUUUUGGGGUAUUUUAUUGCAGGUACAAUCUACCAAUAGUGUUUGUGAUUGUGAACAACAAUGGUAUUUACAGUGGUGUGGAUGAGAAGAGCUGGAGCGAAUGUGAAGUGGAUCCAGCGAGAGGGUAAGUCCAAAAACUGAACAUAAAAUUGAUUAACCCCUUCACUCUUAAUAGUGCCCCCCUCCCAAAAAAAAAUUUGUUUCUUAAAAUCCCGAGUUGUACGGUGAACGGUAUAUUAAUUUCAAGAAGUUUGAGAGGGAAGGGGUGGGGCUUAUUUGAUUAAGCGAAGAUGAUGGUAUCCAUUCUCCAUAAAAACCUAAAGUACAGUGGAAAAGUUGAGUUACAUGACUUACUGAGAAGUAAACAAACGGUCCAGCGCUAAAAGGUCUAUUAAAUACCUUUCAACGCUGGACCGUAAAACUUCACACGUUUUUCUUUGCUUUAUAUUCUGUAGGGCUCCACCCACUGCCCUGAGACCAAAUACUCAUUAUGAGCGAAUCAUUGAGGCAUUUGGAGGAAGAGGUUACUUUGCAGAAACACCAGAAGAACUCAAUACAGCGCUAACAUUUGCCUUUGAGGAGACAAAGAAAGUCAAGAAGCCAGUGUUGAUUAAUGUCAUGAUCAGCCCCUAUGCUGAUAGGAAACCCCAGGUACAUGAGCGCUAACUGCACAGGAGAGGUGUCAUAGGCGGGUGGGGCAGGGCGGGAAGGGGGGGAGUGACGUAGGGGAACAUAUAAAUUUGGUUUUUAGCUUGAACAUCAGGGCUUCCUUAGGGGUUAUAGUCUGCGAGCAAGCUCUCCAUUUGGGCGAGCGAAGCGAACCACGCGAGUGCGAUACGCGCGAGCGAACAACGAAGCCGCGAGAGGCUAUCUCUCCCCCGUUCUCCUUUGUCGCGUCUCUCCUCGCGUGCCACUCGCGCGUGUGCUUUUUACGAUAUCCCCCAAAUGGAGAGCUUACUCGCAGGCUAUAGGGGUUAAGGGAGAGGGGACUAGAUAGUGCGGAGGGGUGUGGGGAGGGGGGGGGGGUAGGUAGGCUCUCUCCUCUUCUCACCUCUCUCUUGAUACUCGGGCUAGUUGGUUUUAUCAGCCUAGAAUGUAUCCUUUUUUAUCUUUACAAAAUCCAAUAGCAAAUUCUUGAUUCAAAAACACGUUUUUUUCCCAAAACUCCUCUUUAGAUCCCUUUUAUGAACCGAAAUCAUCCACAAAUCAAACGGACUUGGUAGGAUUUUCAUGAGUCGUGUGUUUCUUUGGGCGUGAAGUUGCAAGUAUUUUCCUGUGAUAGUACGAGGCCUAGCAGCUUCCCACCGGCGCUAUCCAUGUUAAGGGCGCUUUCCAAAAGUCAGAACUGGCCAGCCGGACCAUGGUCAGAACAAUCAUUUUGACAAAGCAUUUUAAGGCUUUUUCCAAGGGUUUUUGCGGAGAAGCCAUCUCCCUCCAGCCUCGUUCCCAGGGUUCUCUGCUACCCGUCCCUGGGAACGAGGUUGAUCUCCUUCGUGCAUACUAUGUAGUAUUUGACUAAUGUGGCUGGACAGUUUUGAUUAAAAGUGAAAUAGUCAUGACGACGGAAAUGGUCUGGCCAGUCAGUUUUUUAUGCCGGUGUGCCGCCCGGGACGAGACGCUCGUGAAAGGGAUGUACUUUGUCCUGUAUCAGUUUUGGGCAAUCUUGUGUCGUGGCUGUUCACAUUAUACUAGAUUAUACCAAUUUCUGCACUGGCGCAUAAACUGAUCCACUUUGCUGUGAAUGUAACUUGAGAUUAGAGAAUUAAUUAAUGUAUUUUCUUGUCUUUUUUCAAUUUUCAGGAAUUUUUCUGGCUUACUCGCUCAAAGAUGUGAGCUUUUAAAUAUAGGAAGGCUUCUUACGAUUUACUUGGACAAAAGGCCUAUGGAAACCAUGAAAACAUAGCUUCGCGUAUACGCGUCAGAAGAAAAGGAAUGAUUCUUACUUCAACAUGUCUACCGUUGGAGAGUACUCCUUGGAAUUCUUGGGGGGGUGUGCCGCCCAGUUCUGAAAUCCUGACCCUAUUUGAGACAAAAAAUGUCCUUUUCCAACCGGUUAAGUUUAAAAAAUAAACAUUUCCUACACGUAAAUUGACUGGCCCGCCAC